CUUGAGGUGUAACGCCGGAUCUUAGUUUUGGAUCGACAAAAUGUUGAAAUACAUAACGGGAAAAUCGCCAAUAUCGUUCACAUCUUCCGGGAUAGGUUACACUGAAGAGGAGCCUGUGGAGAGCCCAUUCGGGCGUUUACAGAGCUAUGUGUGGUAUAAUAGCAAGAGUAAAACCAAUGACACAUUAGCAUCUCUGUUUAAAUUCUCACUAAAAAAUCGUGAACCAACUGGAAACAAUAUUGACCAGGAGUUUGCAGAGAGACAUCUCCAGGGAAUCAAAAUAAUUGUUCAUCCAAAUGUACUGAAAGUACUCAAGGUAAAGCAAAAUGAAAAUGGCAUUACUAUCGCAACUGAACGCUGUUACCCACUGUCAACAACGACAAUUUCAACGGAUCCCGCACUUGGAUUUGCACAGAUUAUUUCCGCCGUUAGCUUUUUACACAACAAAUGCAAUAAGGCACAUUGUCUAAUCUCACCAAAUGGAGUUGUCGUACGUGAAGAUGGCUCUUGGUGCCUAACUUCUUUCGAAUGCACUGUAGACCAUAAUACUUCUGUACACAGGGUUCUAUCGGAGCUUAAAUGGCAUGCAAUAUGGCAUAACGGUUGGAAAAUGCCCGUAUCAACGAACGCAUUCAAGAGUGUUAAGCAAUUGGAUCUAUGGGGAAUUGGUGCCUUAAUGUGCUGGGUAUACGCCCUUAUAUCCGGACAGAUGGAUAUGUAUAGCAUAAGGAGAGACGAUUGCGAUAUAUUAUCGUUGAAAAGAUUUGUCCCAGCAAAUUUAAGGGGUCUUAUUGAUCAGCUCAUGUCACCUAACUGUGAUGUCGACUUGGAGCAAAUCUUGCGGACACACCCGUAUUUUGCAAAUAACACGGCGGUAAUUGCAAUGGACUUUGUUAUGGAGUUGCAUAUUAAAACAGAAGACCAAACCAAACAGUUUUUCGAACAGCUGCCAGCGAAAUUACCACAAAUACCAACAGAUAUCGCAUGUAAACAACUGUUGCCAGAAAUGCUCAAGGCUAUAUCUAUACAUAAAGCGCUAGUGCCGCAAAUAUUGGUUUCAGUUGUUGCAAUUUGUAAAUCGCUAAUUAAGGACGAAUUUAAAAGUAAAGUGUACCCUCACAUAUGUCAACUUUUUAAGGAACCUGAUAGAGCCAUUAGAUAUAGCAUACUCAAACUCAUGCCGGAUCUAGACCCACUUCUAGACGAAGAUGAGGUGUCAAACAACCUUUUAGAACCACUUCUUAUAGGAUUCGGGGAUGUAGCUUCACAGAUUAGAGAUGAAACAGUAAAGGCAAUGGUAUAUGUAAUGAAGAAAAUUAAGAAACGACAACAACAUCAUGUAGCUAUGCUACUGUUUAAAUGUGCGGAAGAUUGCGAACCCACAAUCAGGGUUAAUACAAUAAUAUGCUUUGCUAAAAUCAUACCGUUUGUGCAACAGGAACUAGUGGAUAAAGUGGUCCCGCAGGUAUGGCGAGUUGGAUUAAAUGACAACUUUCUUAAAUCAAGGAUUGCUACGCUAGAGUCAAUAUCCGCAUCACACGGGUUCUUCUCUGUCAAGCAAAAGGUCGGUACACUGCUACCAUUGGCAUGUAACACGCUACUGGAUGAGGAACCGGAGGUUAGACGUUUGGGUAUAGAAACUGUAUACGCAAUUCUAGAGUCACUAAAAGGACAUAUAUACAGUGGUGGGAGCACUCGCCAAAACCAAGAGGAAAAGCAAGAUUAUAGCCCGAUAUCUACGCAGGAGGGUCUACAAACAUACAAACCUAUGAAUCUAGGAGGGACAUCACCAAAUGCAAGUAAUAUGAGACAGAACAUUGGGUUUGGAAGCCCGAUUAAACAACAAUCACCGAGUAGAAGUGACCCAUGGGCACUAAACACACGAAGUCAUAAAAACACGGAAAUAACACAACAGAAGAACAAAUACAACGACAAUAUGGAUGACUUCGACGAUUUUUUCGACCCUUUUCCGGCAAAACAUUAAACAAUUUCAGUUUUUAAGCCUAGCAUUUAAGGGCUUCCGUGAUUUCGUCC